CGGCCACGCCCAGCGACCCUCCCGACGACCUCCCAUUUACCUGGGCUUUAGUCUCCUCCCUCACUGCCUCCAACAUCUCUCCACUCCCUCCCACCUCCCCUCCAUCACUGCUGGUCUCCUCUCAGCUCCACCAUACAACUCACAUGCCACAAACACCGUGUUAAGAAGCCUCCAUCACACACCCCCCAACGUCUCCUUCACACCACCACACUCACCACCUUCAGCUUGAGAAGAAGCACCAUGAAGACGUGCUUGGUGGCCCUGACGGUGGCCUGCCUGGCCGGGGUGGCCACCUCCCGGAUGGCUUGGGUGUUUCCCGCCAGCUACGAGACCAUCACUGGCCCCUUGGUGCAGAGCUUCAGCUGCGACGGCCGCCCCUACGGGUACUACGCCGACGUCGACAACGCCUGCAGGGUCUUCCACGUCUGUCUCCCCAUCCAGGAUGACCUAGGGCAGGUUAUCCAGACGGCGCACUUCUCCUUCUUGUGCGGGAACCAGACCAUCUUCGACCAGGAGACUCUGACCUGCAACCACCCGGCCUACGCCUUCCCCUGCGACCAGGCCUCCUCGCUCUACGACUCCAGGAACUCGCUCUUCGGACGCGUCGAUGAGCAGUUUUAAGGCGCCUCUGCUACGCCGCCUCAUCCCGGAAGUCCUACCCAAUAUCAGAGAGCAGUCCCUCAGCGCGCCUUGUCAUAGAUAUCCUGGUAUUACGGCGGAGUCCUUGGACCGCCUUCUUCCAGAGGUCCUGGGGCCAGAUUCACGAAGCAUUACGCAAGUACUUAAGAACGUGUACGUCUUUUCUCAAUCUUGAACGGAUUUGG